GUGCCUCUACAACAACACAAUCACACCACGCGACCCAGCCAUCAAUUUAUCAGACUAAACCUUGCAAACGUUUGCAUCUUUACGUCAACAAUUUUCUAUUUGCAGAAAGACGCCCUCCUUGGAUAACUAAACCGCCAGAUCAAUUAUAUCGUUGCAUGCUACCAAGCAACAAGAAGGCCUUUGCUGCCCAAUCGAAUAUCCACCCAACGGUCAGGCUGCCCGCCCAAAUACUCUCUGGAUAGCGGCGCAUCAUGUCGCAAGAUCAGGGGCUUUGGAGUGUCCGCAGAGCUAGGGAGACUCUGGGAAACCUUAACCUCAACUCUGCCAUCCCACAACCACCAUCAGCCAUGAAGCGCUCGAGCUCAAUAACCGGGCAGGGUGCGCCGUACACCGCCGGCCACUCACGCUCGCUCUCGGGCUCACGGCAGUCCCUCGCCAUGUCGCGCCCUAGCCAGCCCGUCUUCCAACGCACGUCGACCGGCGCCAGCGCCGGCGAGUUCGGCCUGUCGUCCGUCAAACGGCCUUCGUCCUACCAGAAUCAUACCAGUACCUUCAGCAACAGCAAGGGCUUGACACCGGGCGGCCGCGCCUCGGUAGACAACAGAGAUAGGAGGAGCAGUGUCUACCAACCCCGUGCCGGCGGUGCUGCCCCGUCAGGUGGCCAUCAGAGCUUUUUCCAACAGGCGCCGCAGCCAGCUGGCGUACCAAAAGACCCGAGGCCGCUCAAGGACCGAUCAUACCAGAACCGCAUCGGUCAAGAGCUGCUCGACUACUUGACGCAGCACAACUUUGAGUUGGACAUGAACCACAACCUCUCGCAGAAUGUGAUAAAGUCGCCGACGCAAAAGGACUUUAACUAUAUAUUCCAGUGGCUCUAUAACCGUAUCGACCCUAGCUACAAGUUUAUGAAGAAUAUCGACCAGGAGGUGCCGCCGCUGCUCAAGCAGCUGAGGUACCCGUACGAAAAGGGCAUCACCAAGAGUCAGAUCGCGGCCGUGGGCGGUCAGAACUGGAGCACUUUCCUGGGCAUGCUGCACUGGAUGAUGCAGUUGGCCCAAAUGAUCGAGGGUUUUGCUCUCAACCGCUACGCCGACGCCUGCCUCGAGGCCGGCGUUGACACCGUGGGGGAUCACAUUACAUUCGACUUCCUUUCGGCUGCCUAUGCUGAGUGGCUGGGUAUGGACGACAGCGUUUCAGAGGAGGAGGCCGACAGGCUACUGAAGCCCCAUAUCGAAGAGAUGGAGGCAGCUUUUGAGCAGGCCAACGCCAAGCACUUUGAGGAACUCCGGAUGCUUGAAGCCGAAAACGCGAGGCUCUUGAAGGAGGUGGACGACCUACAAAAGUCUACACCUGACCCAGCCAUCCUCGACCAGCACUUCAAGAUCAUGGAGGAGGACAAGGUCAAAUUUGAGGAGUACAACCAGCUGGCGAUUCAGAGGUCAGAAAAGUACGAGAACCGGAUCCAGGUGCUGCAAGAGGAACUGGAAAAGGUCAUGGUCGAGCUGGCCGAGGCGGAGGAGGAGCGGCGCAGCCUGCAAAAGGCGGUAGACGACCAGGGGAUCAGCAUGCAGGAUAUCGACCGCAUGGCAUCCGAACGGGAGCGUCUGCAAAAGACAAUCGAGUCCGCCGGGCAGCGGCUCGAGGACGUCAAGAGGAAGGUUUCGGAGAAGGAGCUCGAGGCGAGCCAGAAGCUCGAAGAGCUUGAGAGGAUGGUUGAUCGCUACAACACUGUAGCGUACCAGAUCGGCCUCAUCCCUGCGACGGCUGUCAACGCCAAGGGUCAAGACCUGGAGUUGCACGUCACGGUAAACUCAGGCCCGAGCUUCUCGGGCUCGUCGGCAUCGGCAUCGCAGCUCAAGGGCUCGUACACGGGCGGCAGCAUGGAGAACGAACGGCUGCUGGUGGACCCGGUCACGGGCUAUCAGCCGGCGCACGUGCUGAGCCUCGACCUCCGGGGUCAAGUCAGGAGCAUGUUGACGUCGCUGCGUAAGGAGAUAUCGGAGCGUCGUGGGCAAGCCAUGGACACCAUGAUGAAGGACCACGACCUGCUAGACAGCAUCAAGGAAGCCAUGGAGGACAAGCGCAACGAGGUCGAGGCGCUCGAACACCGUGUACGUGCGGCUGAGGAGGAGUUUGAAAAGACAAAGGAAGUGACCACGGCGCAGCGUAUGGCGUCAGAUGCGCAAGUCGAGAAGAUGGAAAAGGAGCUGGCCAAGAUGCGCGCGAGCCUUUCAGAAUCUGUGCAGCUGUUGGAGCAGCGGGAGAUGACGACCAAUAUUGAAUACGAGCAGUUGACGCUCAAGGCCAACUCGCUGCGCGAGGAGCUCCACACCGAGAUCAUGCGCAUGCUCAACGACGUGAUUAAGUUCAAGAUGCACGUACAAAAGAGCCUCGAGGAGUACGAAGCCUUUGUGGCCGAUGAGCUGGAGCAUGAACUAGGGAGCGAGGACAUUAUGAGGGAUGAUGAUGGCAACGAUGUUGAUGGUGAUUCAUGAUACCCGGAGAAUGGAUGACCGAAAAAGGCAAGCCCUUUUUUUGGUUUGUUUAUUCUCUUUCUUUCUCUCUUCGUAACGACCAGCGUUGUUUUCCCGGAAUUUUGCUUAAUAUACACAACUGGCGUUCUAGGGAAGGGGCACUCAUGAUGAUACCGGUUUUUUGUUGUUUGGUUUUUGAGGCUUGACUGGGAGGGGAAUUGAAGGGAUCAGAGCUUGUUGGUAUAUUUUACACUGUUUUCUUUUUUCUUCUUUUUUUACGACAAGGUACAUAAUGAGAAGCCUAAUGUGUUGCGCACCCCGUGGUCUGUAUCUAUGGCCUGCCUGUAUCAGUGUAAGCAGGAACAGGGCGUCAACAUG